AUGAUUGACACUCCGCUUCGAAUCUUCUCUGACAAUUUCAUCGGAUCCACCGUCUCCCACUGGGGGGGGGGGGCCACCGACGGUGCUGAGACACAAAGUGAUCUCCAAUCUUACCUCCCGUCCCGUGAGUCCAACAUUAAACGACGGACCACCGUCAAGCCUCCUCUCCUGCCCUCUCUCAAGGGAGAUUCUCUCCAUCUGCUCACUGCCCCCAAAAGGGCUGGACGUCCGAAAGGGUGGGAUGUCGCCUCGUCCAGCCAUCAUAUCAACCAUCAUCAGCACAUCUGGUUCUGGGCCCAGUACACUGCCACGCGCUCGGUGGUCCUUGUUCCAGCCAUUCGGGCGUCCUGA